UUCAGAUGGAGAAAAGUUAAAUUGGGGGAUUUUUUUGGGUUGUUUUUUGUUUUUUACAUUUUGAGCUCACAUCUGGCACGUAGGCUCCCGCAUCACUGCGCUCUAAUGGAUAGUUGAUCUACACUCGGCAACUUGCGCGGCACAACACGGAAUUUACCGAUGUACUGUGCACUUAAAUUGCCUUGUCAGAUGUUUUAAAAACUCAACCAAUCUCCUGUUUGCGCUUUACUCUUUUCGUUUCUUUUUUUCUUUUGCAAUGAUAAUGGAUUAUCAGUGAUCAUAAAUGGAGACACAGCUGAGAUCUGCAGCAGCCGUAAAAAACACGGACAUUUAAAACAGGUGGCACAUCCAGCAACAGUUCAAGCUGUCCUGAUCUGUUUCAGCUACAAUAACAGGCUGCCAUCUGAGAAACGCGGAGAUACAGUGCGCAGGCUCUCCCAGCGCUGUUCUCCAGCAUCAAACCCCACAGCAACGCACAGUGGACACUCGGCCAACACAUACCAGGUUUUCUUGUUGCCGUGUAAAGCUGAAGACAAUUCUGGAAAUCAAGCAGAACAUUUAGAGACGACAGAAGAAUUUCUGCCUGAGAGUUCUUUUGGAACAUUAGUCAGUGGGAGAGCUGCUGCUGUGUGUCUCUUGUUUUUUUCCCUCUGCUGAACUCUUCCCAGAAGGUUAGAGGAGCAUGUAACUGAAACAAGUGGAGCCCUCAGUGAUUUCAGCAUUCUGUCUCCCCCAUCUGUGCCUACAUUCUCCGCUACAGAUAGGGACGUUUUGAUAAUUACAUAUAAUUAUAAUUUCUGUGGGAGACAGAUCUGCCUCUGUCUAUUAUUGCCAACACCUCCAACACAAUAACUUCACACAUUUACAUAUUUCUCAACAAAAGUGAUAUUCUUUGAACCUCAGAGACAAAUCAAGAAUAAUUUUAUGUCACACGGAGAAGAAAUGUGCCCUUCAGUUCAUAUCUAAUUAGUGAUACAGUUGAAUGACAUGGGCAACUUUUGUGCCUAAAAGCUGAAUGCAGAAAUUCAUGUGGAACUAAAAAAGACUUUUGUCUAAUUUUGUGAUGAGUUUCACAGGCUGCAAAUUAUUUCGUUGGUUUAUGCUUACUCGUAAUUUUCUGUUUCUACAGUCUUCUAGCACUUAGGCUGAGCUUCACUCAUUAUCACCCAGCCCAAUCACAGUAACAGUCUGUGCCAGGCAAGUACUGAUGCACAUUAAUAAAACCAUAUAACAGAUUCAGAUAAUAGUGUUUCUAUAGAUUAGAGUGCCUGGAACCGGUUAAAAUGGGGAUUGGCCCCUGGUCCAGAGAAAGUAGUUUUCAUUAAAAGACAGCUUUCAGAGUUAUGUCUUUCCCUAGAGUCUGCAGCGCUGUCUGUUAUUUUCAUGUGAUUGUGUUAUAAUGCCCCAAAGCAGCAAAUGUAUAAAAAAAAUUACAAACAUCAAACAUUUUUCCAGAACAAAACUGCUGACAGAUUAAAUAAGUGCCAAAUCUGAAUGUAUGUAAUGCCAUACUGACAUAGCCAGGAACAAACGGGACUGAUAAAACUGUUUACAUUUUUUAAAACUCCUGGCCAUACACUAUUGUUCAAGUGCCAUGAUCAGCACAGGAAUGUAUAGGACUGCCAUAUUUUAUUGUAAAUACUGUACUUGCUACUAAUUUUUACUGCCCUUUGUUAAGCAAAACUACAUUCAGUGUGACAGAUAUUUAUUCUUUUGUUCAGUGAGACAUGUAGAACAGGAAAAUUAAGGACUAAAAGCAUGAAGAUUGCUGUUUCAACUUGUCCUUUUUACAAAGCGACAGCAAUUUUAGAGCUGUAGUUUAGAGAGGUGUUUUUGGGGGUCAAAGGAUGAAGUUAUUACACAUUUGGAGUUCUUUCCUAGCAGUCAGUUAAAAACAUUCAGUGACAUUAUCACCAAUAACUGAAAGCUAACAACUGUUUUUUUUAGCACCCUGCAUGAAUAUAAACAAAUAACAGAAAAUUUCAAUGUUAAGCAUUUCUGAAUGAAGCUAUUGAUACAUCAUCAGUAUCCAAGAGGUUGUAUAUGUUACUUGACAACUUCACAUGCCAUUUUAGUGGGUUAAACUGCAAAAGCGGAUACAGCGUUGUAACUGCAUUGACUCAACAACAGAAAAUAGUUCUCUUAGUCAUGUAAAAAUGACGCCCACCACCAAUCUCAGAAUCGUCGCUGUCUCCCUGCUCUCCCUCCUUACUGUCCCACUUACCACUGCUGUGGAGACCUCUCCAUCUCCCCCUCCUCAGCACAUAGACCACUCAGGGAGGCCUUUCACUGAGCAGCCCAAGUCUGCUCCUAGCUCCUCUCUCCUGCUCCUAUCUAUCCAGGCCAACAUCCGGCCGGCAGCUCUCCAGGGCAGGACCAAAACCCCUGAGAAACUUCCAGAAACAGCAGAGGGAGUUCUGGAGGCUCCUCCGAGGCCCAUGCCUCAGGUCAUGUUUCCCAAAAAUGUGACUUCAGCAGAUGCUCUUGCACCUCCCUUAGGUGCAGCCCAGGUAGAGCCUAUUCGACCCCGCCUCAUGGAUGUAUGGAUGGACGUAUGUCGGGGUUAUUAUGAUGUAAUGGGACACUUUGACAGCUCUUUCAACUGCACAAAGGAUGGCUUCAUCUAUUGCUGUGGGACCUGCUACUUGCGUUUCUGCUGUCCAGACCGCAAUCGACAACUGGAACAGGAGAGCUGUCCAAACUAUGACUCUCCAGACUGGGCCAAGCCACAGACAGAUACUAUGUUUAUACCAGAGGACUCGGGCAAUGACCCAGACUUUGAUCCCCUGAAACAGCAGAGCCACAACACAGGCUUCGUCAUUGGUGGUGUAGUUGUAUUCAUGGUGGUUGUAGCUGUCGGCAUCAAGGUGGUGUUCAACAAGGUGCAGCAGGAAGCCAUCCAGAGAGAUCUCAAUAUGCCCAGAGCCCUGGUUGAUAUGUUGCGGCACCAAUCCAGCCCCGUCCAGCAGGAUGAGAGAAACAACAGUGUGGCUCUGACUGUAGGCGAUGGACAGGGGACACUGGGGAGACCUCCAAAAAAUCUUUAUGCUCCAGGAUUGCCCAGCAAGGACAAUAGAUUGGGAAAUUUGCAACACAAUUUCAUCCACUCAUCAGGCUCCAGUCCCAAACAUACUGCAACUAUCGAACGUACCCCUCGGAUGAACAAUGCUCAGCUGGCAGCUGGAGGCACCCUGCUCUCCAGUAAACACAACAACACCAAAUCUCAGCCGUCCUUCCACCAUUCCCUGCACAACCUGGCUCAGCUGCCUCCCUCCUAUGAGAGUGCCACCAAGCCAGAGCUGAACAGAUACUCCUCACUGAAACGCCUUGAAAAAGGUCUGGAUGAGUACUCGUCUGGUUACUGCACCACCAAACGCCGGCCUCACACAGCACAGCCGGCCCUCCAGUCCUCUCAGCACCACCUUCACUGGGGUGGGGACUAUACCCUCAGUGGGCGAGGAACCCUCCCCAGGCAUGCAGUUCGUCCAUGGAUCCCGCCGCCACCAUCUGGAAUGCCUGCAUCACCCACUCCCAAUCCUUACCCUCUGGAUCCCCCAGAGCCUCAGUUCAAUGCCAACUACGACACUCUCUCUAAACCCCCAAGGAAAGUCAAGUCUACUGAUCAGCUGCUUAAUAUGGGCGAUGUUCCUGGCAACACAGGGACCCUCUCCCGGCUGUCCAAGAACCAGCAACAUCAGUACUACAAAGCCAUGGCUGCCUCCAAUAAGAACUCAAACACCCAGACCCUCACCAGGAAGACCCAGGAAAGGCAGAGAGAGGAGAGACAGGAACGCCUUCUCAUGUCCCCAGACCAUUUGGAGGAGAGGAUGGGUGGGAUGGGGGUUGUAGAUCCAUAUGCCCACACAACAGGGGGGAUCGUCCCGACGCUGCCUCGCCAACAGAAGGCCCAGUCUCAGCAGAACGUCUGCGCCACACCUUCCCUAGACCGGCAUCACAUGAUCAAGAUGAACUCUCACCCCACCUCUGGAAGAGAGCAAGAGAGGAACACACCCAUGACGGGGCACAUGAGUGGGGGAAUGGGCUGGGCGGGGGAGGGCCCUGGGGCAGGGGUAGUCAUGGGAACGGGAACGCUAGGGGGCCACAGCGCGAGGAGGAUGGCUUUUGCAGCGAAAAGGCAGAACACCAUCGAACAGCUACAUUUCAUACCAGGAGGGGGUGGUGGGGGGUCUGGAGGAAGUGGGGGAGGCAGGCAGGAGAUCAGGACAGGGAGUAAAAACGAGGUGACAGUGUGAGGUUUGUGCCUAAUGUAGAGUUUACCCCUCAAUGGGAAUAGAUCACCCUUCUGCAUUUAACUCUUAGAUAUACAACUACAAGAAAUAAAACUAGAAUAUAAGUAUAAACUAUAGUAAAAGUAUACGUGUUUAGGCUAUUCAAAUUAGUGUUAUGUUUAAUUCUAUAUCUUGAAUAUAACUACUUCUAAAAUUAUUAUAGGUCUAUUGUGGGGAAUAUCUGUUCCAAUUAUGUGAUAGCCUACAUCAGCCAUAUUUUGUAACCGAAUUUGCCAUAUUGCCAUAAACAGCAGUGCCAUUACUUGUAAAGAAAGACUGACUGGAAAGGGUGAAACAAAACCAACAGAAGUGUCGUUCAUAAUUUAGUUUUUAUAUGUUUUUUCAAAAAGUACUCAGGAGCCAUAUUAGAUAGGAAAACCAGACGAUAUCAAAAAAAAAGAGGAGGUCUCUGAAGAGGAGGACCCUGCGGAUUACUGUAUCAAAGAAUUUAAUAGAGAAUUGAGCCAACUACCUGCUGGACUGUCGAACUGCUUAACUCUUGCCAACAAUGAUUUAUUAAACUGAGUCUCACGGGUGAACAGCUGUGAACGGGAGAUGUGACACUGCUGAACCAAACUCAUCCUGACACAAGGAGACAGAACUGAUUUUCAUUGCUUCCUUUGUAACUAAAUGGACGAGGUUUCUGACUGCCUGACAAUAUUGGCAGGACUCUGCACCCGCCUUAUACCGCGGACGUACCCACAUUACCAAUCUGAUGCCUGGGUUGCCUAAGUUUUCCAUGUGACCUUAGUUUAAAUCCCCAGAGGAAAUAACUCUGAUCACUGUUACACUACAGGAGUGUAAGCUGACAAUAAGAUAUGCUGUAGGUGAGUGUUCCCUAAUGUUCCCAGUGAUAGAUCAGAAUUUAACUGGGCUACCAAAUAAACCAGAUUUAUUGUUAUACCAACAAAAAAUCUUCAGUUCGAGCGGUGACAGAACAGACGCUGAGUUUAAAGGCAACAUCCUGUCAUGUAGGCUGUGUAUGAAGAGCAACGUUUUUUUUUCUACAGAGCACAAAUGAAUAGAUCAUGAUGCAGAGGUUGCACUUACACAACUGUCCUUCAAAGCCAUUUAUGGAGAUACAAAGAAAAAAAAAACACAGAGCAAGCUGGUCUGACAAUCACCAUUUUAUUAUUCUCACCAGGUGACAAAUUAUACAAGUCAAGUGAUAUUUUGUACAGUCAAAGGAUUGGCUUCAGAGCAAAGCCGAAACCUCUGAGUCAGGAGAGAGGGCAACCAGAGGCCUUCUCCUGCAUGGCUCCGUUUGCCGCAAGAGACUUAGAUGGUUAGGAAGCCCUUCCCAUCUUCAGACAAAGACCUUGCUGUAUCAUAACGCACUUCAGCCAGUAUGACUAAAAAAAAGAAAAAAAAAAGAAAAGAGACAAAAAAAAUCUUCAUCAAUAACAACGCUUAUCAAUACUAAGGGCUAUCCUAUCUUAUAUACUGUAGUAUGUGAUAUCUGUGGUCCAUAUAAAAUGCUAUCUCUUUCUCUUGAUUUUGUGUUGAUAUUGUCAUGAUGUAUUAAGUAUUAAUGUGUACAAAAAACAAGAGCAAUUUAAGCACAGUUCAAAGAGAAAACAGAGACAAAACUUUGCACAAAUCUAUCCCCUGAUAUUUGCACCAGAUACAAACAUACUUUGUAUUGUGUCCUCAAGGUUACAUUCUGUAGAAGCACGGCUGAGAAAGUGACUGAUCAAUGGAAGGUACUGUUUUGAGAGGAUUUUUUUUUUUUUUAUCAACAAGAAAAGAAACCCAGCGAGAAAUCAGAGGUAAUUGCGCGGAUCAAAGAAGGAAUUUGUUACUGCUUGGUUUAGUUCAGUCAUGUGACAGGAUACAGAGAUGAAACGCUGAUAAGAAACACUGAUUUUAUUUGGACAAUCUUCCUAUACACAGUGCUAAAUGUAAUUGUUAUGAAUAUGAUGGAGUGUUAUUAUUAAUAAUUAUUAUAACUGUUAUGGUUAUUAUUAACAAUUAUCUUAUGAUGUGAUGUUCUUUUACUUGGUGGGAUUUAAGUGUUUAUUGUUUUUAGAUAACUAGCAUUCUCAUGACUAGCUGGUUUUUCAUACAUCUGGUCAUAAAUUCAAGUUUUAAAAACAUUCCAAAUCUUAAUGCAUGCCAGCUCCAUUUCUUUGAGGCAUUUACAGUAUAUCUGGAUUCAAGGUCACUGUUGCAUAUAAUGGCCACUUCUCCAGCUGUUUGUACUGUGCCUAGACAUCGGCCUUAUGACUUCUUGAUCUCAAGUGAUUACUUAGGUUUCCACUCUGGUACAAAACAUCUAUUGAAAAAAUCGGCAGCCUUCUAAAUGUAUGUACUGAUGACAGUCUUAUAAAAGCCAGUGAGGGAUAGAUGUGUUCAGGACGGGCCUGAAGAUAUUAACGUCACCAGACUAGAAACGGUCUGUUGUCUUCUCUGCAGCAGCCUGCUCCGAUAACAUAUGGGUUAUACACACUAAACCUAUAAUGCCAUAAUGUAUGUGUUUGGAUGAAUGUUCACUUCACAGGUUAAGGUAAAGAUGGAGGUCUGAUGGAAACCUGAAUGCUUUGAUUACAGUGUAUUUUUCAGGGAAAUAGGACUGAUGACAUACAGUAGUAUUAGAUUUUUUUAAUAGAACCACAAAAGGUCUGUAGCAAAGUCUGUAAUAUCUCACAAGCCAUAUCCAUCGAAAUUCAUUAUCACAAUUUUAUAAAUGGUUAAUCUAAUUUGUGCAAGUAUUGUAUUUUGUAUAGCUAGUACAAUCAGAAUAUUUUGAGUGGUCUCUUCGACAUUAAUUUGAGGAUUCAACAAAUUAUGUGUUAGUAUUUAAUGAAUUGUACAGUGCCAAACUCAUAACAUUUUGUUGUCUUUCUAUUGUCAUAGCCUCCUACAUGGCUACAGGGGUAUUUCUUUUUCACAAUUAAGAACUAAUAUGAGGGCAAGUAAGAUAAAACAU